AUGAGCGGUUUGAAGCCGGAUGAUGCCAAAGGCCCAGAGGUCAACCAACUGUCCGUACUCGCAGCCGCUGAGCAUCUCCGGGGCGACGUACUCGCGCGUGCCGCAAAAGCUCUCUGA